AUGAUCCCUUACAAGAGCUAUGAAGACUUUUCCCGGUGUUCUUCGGCACCCCGCCACCGCCGCCCUCUCCGAAACUCCAACUCACAACCAUGCUUUGUCUCUUGCACUUUCGUCACUCCAAUUUGUUUGCCGCUUUCACCAGAUGGAAACAAAUUAAGAUUCAAGAGGAUGGAGAGGAGGUCAAAAACAGAAAUGGACUAUCUAAGCAAAGAUCAAGAGAGCUACAGUGGUAGUGAUAAGAGCUCAGAGAGGGAAAAAGCAAUGAAAAUGGAGUGUUUGCUGAAGAAGGUGCUAGUAGAAAAUCAACAGUUGAAAAAUGCUGUCCUCUUCCUGAAGCAGCAGAAUAAAGAAAAAGAUAACAAUGUGGAUGACUGCAAGAGGUCGAAGGAAAAACUUCUGUCUGAAAUUGGGACUCUCUUGACUGAAAUUGCAUUUCUGAAGGACGUGCGAGAACAACUGAGGUUUAAGGACCCUGAAUCCAAGAAAGAAACUACUAAGGCCCUUACUGAAACCAUCCAGGCCAAGCUGGAAGUGGCCCACGCUAAAAUAGAGGCUGCAGAGGCUAAGAAAGAAACCUUAGAAGCUCAGAGGAAAGCUGACGAAGCUAAAGAAUCAGUGGAAGCGGCGCAGGCUCGGGAGGACAACCUGCUGUCCUAUGUCUCCAAAAUUGCCAGUUUGGCCUACCAGCAAGCUGCGGAGGCCGAAUAUGAUUGUGCCCAAGCUCGGAAAGCCAUAGCCGUAGCGGAGGCCAUCCAAGUGGCUGCCUUCACUGAUGGCAGAGCUCGCCGGAACCACAAGGAGAAGCAUCAUCGAAACCAUCGGAGUCAUGGGGAAUGCCGGUGUCACCAUCACCACCACCACCAUCAUGGCCACCACGAGCGCCAGAGUGAUUACGAGACCCAAAGUGAUCUCAUCCACUCUGAACCGGAGACUCUGAGCAGCACCCGAUAA